AUGGGCAAAAAGAAGUCGGAAAAGAAGAAGGAAGUAGCUGUGUUGCCGCCUGUGCCUGGUUUCUUUGGCCAUGUGCUCAAGCCUGGUCACAAACUACAGUGGAAAAAUGAUAGUACAGGCUUUUGCAUGCAGCUUAACUCGGCUGCGCUGGGUGCCGACGCGAUUAAGGGCCGCUCGACUCUUUCUGUCACGUCUAAGAUGUCUAAAAUUGCGCUCUGUUCGCUGACGCCCGAGGUGGCCGAGCAAUGGAAUUUAACGCAGACAUUUACCGUUGCAGAUGGUGCAGUAGAAUUCGUGGUGGGUGGCUCCAACGCUAUCCAUCUCACUGGAUUUAUCGAGGAAGAGGGCAGUGGCGACGAGAAUGAUUAUAAUGAAUCUGAUGGUGAAGAGGAUGAAAUGAUGAUGUUUGGUGGCGAUGAAGACGACUCAAGUGUCGAUGUAGAAGACAAUUCGGAAGUGGAGAUGAUCGACGAGUCCAAAAAGAGCCGUUUUGAAGUGCUUGAAGAGCGUCUUCACAACGAACCAGUCACCGAAAAGGUGGAGAUGGAGGCAAAAAAACAAUCCAAUAUAAAUAGCAAUAUAGCGAGCAAAAAGAAGAUUGCAGUGGAGGUGAAGAAGGAGGUGAAAAAGGAGGUUGCCGAUAAAAAGGUUGUCGCUGCUGGUAUUGCCCGUAAUGGAGAGCAGUCUAAAGAAGACAAAAAAAUAGCUAAGCAAAAAAUCAAGGAGAAAGAGAUUGUCGAGAAAAUUGCUGAGGUGACAGGCUCUCACCCGAAGAAUAAGAAGCGUGCAGCCGCAGUGGAAUCUGUGGAAGUCCCAAAAAAAGCCAAAGUUGCUACCCGCGUACACAAAGGUGUCACUAUUGAGGAAAUUGCUGUGGGGAAAGGUGGCCCUGUUCAGCGUGGUCGCAAGGUGAGCAUUUUGUAUCGCGGGCGUCUGACGAAUGGCAAGCAGUUUGACUCUAAUCAAAGCCGAAAAAAGCCGUUCACAUUUCGUCAUGGUAUUGGCGACGUGAUCAAGGGAAUGGACAUAGGAAUUGAGGGCAUGCGUGUUGGAAGCAAACGUACCAUCAAAAUACCGGCAAAGCUUGGUUACGGCCGUGAAGGAAUGCCGCCCACUAUCCCGGGCAACGCCGAUCUCAUUUUUGACAUAGAGUUGGUUAAUGCCUAA